AUGUCUCCAUUGCGGAUCCUGAUGCAAUUCAAUCAGUCUACGGCCACGGCAACGAGUUCACUAAGAGGUAGUGCUGUUGAUAUUUUCUACAAACUUUAUGUCUCGAAGCUGAGACAGCUACCUAGUGAAUACUAUGAUGCUUUCGUGUCCAUCCAGAGGGGACUGUUCAACACGAGAGACCGAAAGGAACAUACUCGCAAACGCAAGACUGUUUCUCACACAUUUUCUGCAAAGUCCAUCGGCCAAUUUGAACAGUAUAUUCAUGGAAACCUGGAACUGUUCGAGAAGAAAUGGAAUGGCAUUUGUGAGACACAAGCAGAUCCCCAAACCGGCUAUGCCUCAAUUGAUGCACUGAAUUGGUUCAACUAUUUGGCCUUUGACAUUAUUGGCGAUCUUGCCUUCGGUGCACCAUUUGGAAUGCUCGAGAAAGGCAGAGACGUAGCUGAAGUGCAAAAAUCCCCUAACAGCGAGAUCACGUCUGCUCCAGCUAUCGUGGUUCUAAACCGCAGGGGUGAAGUCUCAGGCACCCUUGGCUGCUUUCCUCAGCUCAAACCAUACGCAAGAUAUCUACCGGACCCAUUUUUCAGCAAGGGCAUUGAAGCUGUGGAAAAUCUCGCAGGCAUUGCUGUGGCCAGAGUUGAAGCUAGACUUCGAACUCCCGAUACUGGUCGGGUUGACCUCUUGGCGCGGUUGAUGGAGGGGCAAGAUGAGAAAGGAGAAAAGCUAGGACGACAAGAAUUGACCGCUGAAGCUCUCACUCAGCUCAUUGCUGGGAGUGAUACCACUUCCAACACUUCAUGUGCACUACUCUACUGGACACUUACAACCCCUGGUGUAUUAAAGAAUUUGCAAAAGGAGCUGGAUGCAGCCAUCGAACCAGGAGUGCCAUCGUAUGACCAAGUCAGGGAGCUAAAGUACAUGAACAACGUAAUUCAAGAAACGUUGCGCAUCCACAGCACGUCUUCUCUUGGCUUACCACGACUGACUCCGAUGGCUGCACCAGGUCAGCCAUCCCCACCUCCGGUCGAGAUACUAGGACACAAAUUCCCACCUGGCACCUCUCUAUCCGUCCCAUCGUACACAAUUCAUCAUUCCAAAUCGGUUUGGGGUGACGAUGCAGACGAAUUCGUCCCAGACCGCUGGGACACAAUUACAAAGAGACAGAAGAACUCCUUCAUUCCAUUCUCAUAUGGACCAAGAGCUUGUAUCGGAAGGAAUGUUGCUGAGAUGGAACUUGCUUGUAUUGUUGGUACAGUUUUCCGCAAUUUUGAAUUUCAGAUGCAACAGGACGGUCCAUUGGAAACAAGAGAAGGUUUUUUGAGGAAGCCGCUGGGGUUGAAAGUUGGAAUUAGGCGGAGGGAAAAUGCAAAGGUCUAA